AAAUCCUGAACCAGCCAAUCACACAAGUAACCGAGUUACCCAACAAGCUGAAAAUAGCUACUGUCAAAAGUACGUGCGAAGUACCUACCAUAGGAAUAUGGAUCAGUAGUGGAAGUAAAUAUGAAAAUAAACAGAAUAAUGGAGUAGCUCACUUUCUAGAGCACAUGAUAUUUAAAGGAACUAAAAAGAGAAACCGAAUCCAAUUAGAGAAAGAAAUCGAAAAUAUGGGGGCACAUCUAAAUGCAUACACAGCUAGAGAACAGACUAGUUACUACUGUAGGUGUUUUAAGGACGAUGUAAAAUGGUGCAUAGAGCUCUUGAGUGAUAUUCUAUCCAACAGUAUCUUUGAUGAAAAUCUAAUCGAUAUGGAAAAACAUGUCAUUCUGAGAGAGAUGGAAGAGGUAGAGAAAUCCAAAGAUGAAGUAAUUUUCGAUAAGCUACACAUGACUGCAUUUCGGGAUCAUCCUUUAGGGUACACCAUUUUAGGACCCGUAGAAAAUAUAAAAAAUAUGAACCGACAGAGCAUUAUUAACUACAUCAAUACGAAUUAUACUUCGGACAGGAUGGUUCUCUGUGCAGUGGGUGAUGUGAAGCACGAAGAGGUGGUCAAGCUAGCCGAGCAGCACUUUAGUCAUUUAAAGCCGCAAUCUGCCAACAUGGGUUCUGCCUCUAACAUGGGAUCUGCCUCCAACACGGGUUCUGCAUCUAACAUAGAUAAUGUAAAACCAUACUUUUGUGGCUCCGAAAUUAUCAUGAGAGAUGAUGACUCAGGACCUAGUGCACAUGUAGCUGUGGCCUUUGAAGGAGUUGAUUGGAAGUCCCCUGACUCUAUCACCUUCAUGUUAAUGCAAUGCAUUAUUGGAACUUACAAAAAAAGUGAAGAAGGAAUACUACCAGGAAAGCUUUCCGCCAACAGAACCAUAAAUAAUAUCUGCAAUAAAAUGACAAUAGGAUGUGCAGAUUAUUUUUCUGCAUUUAAUACAUGUUACAACAAUACAGGUCUGUUUGGCUUUUAUGUGCAGUGUGAUGAGCUAGCUGUAGAGCAUGCCUUGGGAGAACUCAUGUUUGGAGUAACAUCCUUAAGUUACAGUAUCACAGAUGAAGAAGUCGAGCUAGCCAAAAUACAAUUAAAGACUCAACUCAUUAAUAUGUUUGAAUCAUCAUCUACCCUGGCAGAAGAAGUGUCAAGACAGAUUCUCGUGUACGGUCGGAAUAUCCCACUAGCAGAGUUCCUACUCAGAUUAGACAAAAUAGAUACGGAGGAAGUGAAACGGGUCGCGUGGAAGUAUCUACAUGAUCGGGAGAUAGCUGUUGCUGCUAUGGGUGCUCUGCACGGCAUGCCGCAGUACUACGACCUCAGACAGAAGACCUUCUGGUUGAGGUACU